AUGAGUGAUCGAGACGCGUGCCCGGCCUGCACGCCUCCACCACCACUGCUCUUUGCUGAGUGCGUGUCCUAUGUUCUGGCACCAGUUGAAACGACGCUUUACGAUUUGCUUGGCGUUGCCCCAGAUGGUAGUGAAGCUGACAUAAAGAAGGCCUACCGAAAGAAGAACAUCGAUGACCCCCGGGCCAGUGAAAAGUUCCAGGAGAUGGCCGCUGCCUAUGAAAUCCUAAGCGAUCCGGAAACGCGAGAGGUAUACGACAUGCACGGCAUGGCCGGUUUAGAGGGAUCAGCAGGAUCGGCAGGCAUGAAUGAGGCAGACCUCUUCUCUGCCUUCUUUGGUUCAGGAAUGUUUGGAUUCGGCGGUCCUCGGAGGAAUCAAGAGUCGGUCAUCCCUUAUGACACCACUCUGGAAGACCUGUACAAUGGCAAAUCUGUGAAGAUGAACAUGGAAAAGGAAGCCGUCUGCGGCCUUUGCAAAGGGCAUGUGGCUCCUUCCGUGAUAGGAACAUCGCGAAGUAACUGCCACAGUUGUGAAGGAACCGGUUCUAAGCUUCGAGAGAAGGAUCGAUGCAAGAAAUGCAAAGGAAAGAAAACAACUACGGAGAAGACCCGGCAGGAAAUCUUUAUCGAGAAGGGCAUGGAAGACAAACAACGGAUUGUUCUCUCUGGUGCCGGUGAUCAGCGCCCUGGACAACCUCCUGAGGACGUCGUCUUCGUUUUGCGUUGUGCUCAGCACGAUAGCUUCGAACGCGCGGGCGACGACUUGCUCAUGCAUGUUUCCAUCACACUUUCAGAGGCCCUCCUAGGGUUUUCACGUAUUCUUAUCAAACAUCUUGAUGGAAGAGGUAUACACCUUCGAAGUCCGCCAGGUAAAAUCAUCAAGCAUCAUGAUAGCAUUGUACUGCGUGGUGAGGGCAUGCCGAAGUACAAACACCCUGAUCAGAAAGGGGAUCUCUACGUUAUCUUUGACAUUGAGAUGCCCGAUGAACAGUGGCUGAAGUCUGUCGACAAAAAGGUCUUGGAAAAUGCCCUACCUCCGAAAAAGCGGGACGUAGAACCACGGCCCGUAGUAGUUGACGAGGCUGCAUAUGAAGAGAGCGAUAUUGUGGAUUUCGGUGGAGGGGAAGAUGCAUGGGUUGAUGAAGACGAAGACGAUGAGUUCGAUGACAACCACGAACCCGAAUGUCGACCACAGUAA